AACUGUCCAGUAAGCUGUUCCUCUACGAUCAUCGAUUCGAUUGAUUUCUCCGUUUGGAAGGAUGAAGAACCAAAAAGAGCGCUGCCGAUCACAAAGGAAACGCUAGAGAAAGCGAUACGAUUGGGAAUUGAGCAGUACAACAGGCUGCAAGCUGCAGAAGGUCGUCGAAUAAAAUUACAAGGACCAGCUCCUAAUGCUGCCGGCCAGUCUGCCAUUUUCUCUCAUGCCACACUUAUGGCUCCAAAAAGGGAGUCUCUUGAUAUUGCCAGAACAGCAGGGGUACUACGAGAAGCGACACAAGUUUUGAUCAAAGGCACAGGCCUGAGUGACGCUGAGCGGCUUCCUAUCGGAUUGGACGUCAGCACACUUCAACAGCUUCUUCCCAGAUGU